UAUACAUUAAUGCUUAAAGCAAUUCUUCCUUAAUAUUACACCCAAUUUCCUUGGCUUACUGCUUUCAAUCAUUACAAACAAAAUUGUAAUUGUUCAAUUCCUUGCUAGGCAUAAGAUGAUACUAGUCUAUGCCAUCCUCUUUCUUCUCUCUCUUGUCUUUCUCAAAGUCAUCUUCUAUAGACACCAUCGCCAUCUUCCUCCAAGUCCAUUAGCCUUACCAAUCAUUGGCCACCUUCAUCUCCUUGCACCCUUAAUGCACCAAGCCCUACAAAAACUUUCUUCUCGCCAUGGCCCUCUGAUGUAUCUUCGCCUUGGUUCAAUCCAUUCUAUUGUAGUCUCCAACCCUGAAAUGGCAAAAGAGUUUCUCAAGACACAUGACCUUACCUUCUCUUACCGUAUAUUCAAUCAAGCCAUCAAUUACCUUACUUAUGAUGCUGCUACUCCUCUUGCACCCUACAGUUCUCCGUGGAUUUUUGUCAAGAAACUGAGCAUUUCUGAGCUAUUAGGCAGCCAUACUCUUAAUAAGUUCCUUCCAAUAAGAACCCAAGAAUUACAUUCUUUUCUUCGACUACUAUUCGAAAAGUCUAAAACAGGCGAAACAGUUAAUGUUUCGAAGGAAAUCUUAAAAUUAACAAACAAUAUUAUCUCUCAAAUGAUACUAAGCAGUAGAUGUUCAGAAACUGACGAUGCUGAUGGUGGCCGGGUUAUAAAACUUGUCCGCGAGGUGACUGAAAUUUUCGGAGAAUUUAAUGUUUCGGAUUUUAUAUGGAUUUUCAGGAAUUGGGAUUUGCAAGGAAUUAGAAGGAGACUCGAGGAUAUUCGAAAGAGGUAUGAUGCAUUGUUAGAGAAAAUAAUCAAAGAGCGUGAAGAAGCAAGAAAGGAAAAAAUUGAUAAAAGAGAUAGUAUUAAUGGAGUGAAGGAUUUUCUUGAUCUUAUGCUUGAUGUUGUGGAAGAUAGUAAAUCAGAGGUGCAAUUGAGCAGAGAUCACUUGAAGGGAUUAGUAAUGGACUACCUCACAGCAGGUACUGACUCAACAUCAGUUGCAAUUGAAUGGGCAAUGGCAGAAAUCAUAAAUCAUCCAAUGGUACUCAAGAUAGCAAGAGAAGAGAUUGAAGGGGUGGUAGGGAAAGCGAAGCUAGUAAGAGAAUCAGAUAUUCCAAAUCUUGUAUACAUUCAGGCCAUCAUAAAAGAAACCUUUAGGCUUCAUCCACCAAUCCCAUUAAUCCUGAGGAGUUCAGUUCAGGAAUGCAAAGUGAAAGACCACAUCAUUCCUGAUAACACUUUAUUGAUAGUAAAUUUAUGGGCUAUUGGUAGAGAUCCUGAAAUUUGGAAAAACCCAUUAGAGUUUAAACCUGAAAGAUUUAUGCCAAUAAAUAAUGAAAGCCCAAUUGAUGUCAGAGGCCAACAUUAUCAACUGUUGCCAUUCGGUACUGGAAGGAGGAAUUGUUCUGGCAUUUCUUUAGCUAUGCAGAUCUUGCCUGUAACGUUGGCAACAAUGAUUCAAUGCUUCGAUUGGAAGGUGGUUCAGCCAACGAAGACCGACGGUAGCUAUCAGGAUAAUGCGGUUGAUAUGACUGAAAAGCCUGGAAUAACAGCACCAUUAGCACAUGAUCUUGUGUGUGUUCCUGUAGCUCGUUUCAGUCCCUUCUGAAGUGUGAUUGCCUUUAUAAUGCGUGUGUGGAAAUGUAACUAAAUGUUUUUCUUAUUAAUUUCCUAUUUCAUUGUAUGCCAUAUUGGUUGGAGAGGACUUGUUCUA